ACAAAUCAAACACCAAAAAGCAAGCCCCACCCCCCAACAACAACACACACACACACAAAAGAAAGCAAGACAAGAACAUUAAAAAAGGAGGUCUGCUUGCAAACCAAAGGAAAUAACCUUUGGAAUCUCUGGUAGUUGAGAUAUCAAAAACUGCCUUUCUUCAUGAACUGAAACUCUCUAUCUCAAGAAGAAGAAACACCACCUGAUAUCCAAUAAUCCUUUGAAAAGAAUAUAUCUUUCUUUUCCUAAACCCCACUAAGAUGGUGCAAAGAAAGCUUGGUAUCAAAGCUGAUCAUAUUAAAGCCAACAAGCAAAUGAUUAACCACAAACCAUCUUUGCCUAUAUCACAAAGCCAUGAUAUCAAGAACAAAGGAUCUGAAGUCAAGAAGAAGAUGAUGAAGAAAUCAGGCAAAACCAAACACUCAGAUUAUGAAAUCUGUCACUCACCAAAUUUCAGAAAAUAUGUACCUCAGCCAGGAAAGCCACCCCCCACUACUAAUUCUUCAACACCAAAGAAGCAGCAGCAGUCAACAUCCACUCCAAAUUAUAUGAAGUCCACCAGCAGUUCUGUUGCAAGGAAAGAGCAAUCUCAGGUUAGUUCAAGGAGCCCUCAAACUUAUUCUCAAAGUUCUAGCAGAAAAAAUUCAAAUAACUCAAAGUUAGGCUCAUCUAAUUCUGUUAACAAACCAACAAGGAGUUUAUUAGCUAGAACUUCUAGUUUGAAACUAGUGAGGACCACCCUGACAAAAACUCCUAGUUUUAAACCAGCAAGAGUUUCAGCGAAGAAACCAUGUUCCCCUAUUGUUCUGUGUGAAGACUUUCAUGUAGAGAGGGCUACAUGUUCAUCAACUUUGAAAGAAGCCAAGUUUCCUUCAUACCUUGAACUUAGUCCUGGAGGAACAGAAUCAGCUGGAACUUCUGUCUUCAAGGUUUGCCCAUACACAUAUUGCUCCCUUAAUGGUCACCAUCACCCUCCUUUGCCUCCCUUAAAGUGUUUCAUGUCAGCAAGAAGGCGUACGCUAAAGAAUCAGAGGAAUCUCAAGUUGGGAUGCUUCUCCCCCCGUCGAGCUAAUCCCCGUGGAUUAGGUUUGAAUGAGAAUGUACCAAAACAAAUACAGAGUACUACAGAGGUAGCUUCUCUGAUAAAUGAAGAUGACAAAGAGUUUUUUGUCGAAAUUUAUAGCAAUGAAAGGGAAGAGAAGGCUGAUAUCGUUGGCCCAAACACCAACUUGGUAGAUGAUCAUAAGAUCACUGAUUCUUCUGCCACUGAUCUUGUAUCUUCAGAUGAAGUGGCAGCAGAUGAGACCGAGGACAAUCUUGAUCAGAAGAGAGAGGCCAUUUCAGCCGAAAUCGACACACCUGGCUUCCAGCCUUCAGAGAAUCCGAAUGAAGGUGCCAGUGAAGAUAUCUAUGUGCCACCCAUGGUUCAAGAAGAAGUGGGUUCUGAAUCCUUGAGUAUGCAUACUGAAUUAGAGAUAGAAGCAACAGCAGAAGAGCUAGAAUCUGAAGCUUCUGAUAUGGACUGGGAUGUCGAGAAGUACUAUGCAUAUAGCGAAGACGAAGUAGGUUCAAUGUCAUAUGAUACAGAUCCCAUCACACUGGUUGGAGAUUCAGUUGUCAGCGAGGAGUUCAAGGGUAAAUUAGAUGAACUUCUAUCUGACAACAUUCUGGAAGAGUCCUUGGAUAAAGAAAGUAGCAUCUCUGGAAUAAGUUUUUGUUAUGAUGACUCCGAAUCCACCUGUUCGCAUGCAGAGUUGGACAUUGAUGAGUGUGUUGAAGCUCCUGAGGACAGUUCAUUUUACUCUAUAGAUGUCACUUUCAUACUGGAUGGUGAAAUAACUGAGAAGCCGGAGGAUCAGUAUGAUUCCUGUCUAACAGAUAAUGAGAUAGAAACAAUGGAUUAUCAGGCUGCUGUUAAGGCAGAAGAAACCUUCUGUCAAGAAGAUGAAAUUUCAACUUCUCAUCAGGAAUGUGCAGCUCUUCAAGAUGGUGAUGCAACUGGAGGUACAGGGUAUCACGAGCUCAAUGUUUUCCAUCUCAAUGAAGUGCAAGAUGAAACAUUCAAGGACAAUGAAAGAAAUUCUGAUGAAGACAUUGUUGUCGAGAUGGAGGACACACAAACAAAUCUUGAUUGCUGUGAACAAGGAAAUGAAAAUGACCAUGGCGAUAAUGAUAAACAGUUGGUAGUGGAUGUAGAUCUCAAGAACAAGACUAGUGAAGACCAUACAGGCCAUCAAGCUGAAGAUGAAACUGAAAACGCCCCUGGUGUCGAAGCAGAUCCAAUAGCUGAGGCGUGUGCAGAAAAGCUGAACCAAAUCAAAGAUGCAACAAAAUUCAAAGAUAAGAAGACACAUGCAAAAUAUGAACCGAGCGAUGAACUGUCUGAGAGCUACAGAAAGCUGAGAGGCAUAGCCAGGCGCAGUGACACUAAGGAGCCAGAGGAAUCAAGAGAAUUCAAUCCACGACCACCAAAUUUCCUGCCACUGGAGCCAGAACCAGAUGCAGAGAAAGUUGAUCUCAAGCAUCAGAUGAUGGAUGACAGGAAAAAUGCAGAGGACUGGAUGCUUGAUUUUGCACUCCAACGAGUAGUGGACAAACUUGCACCAGCUCGCAAGAGAAAGGUUGCAUUGCUCGUGGAAGCUUUUGAAACGGUCACUCCAACAUCUAAAUGGGAACCUCACCUCAGGCGCAGCGCAGCAGGAUUUGCACAUCCUAGACCAAUUCAGGCUUGCAACUGAUGCCAGAUCAAGGUUGACAUCAGCGCGGAGCUAGUAAGAAGUGCAGGAACAAUUGGCUCGUUGGUCACAAGUCACAACCCUCCAACAUGUGCAAAGAUUCCAGCUUAAAUGGCAUUAAAGGAAUUGAUUGGGAUUAGAUGGUGGAAUACCUGUUCAUAGAUUCUGAAGUAAUUUAUAAUAGAACUUGCUGUUGUGUUUGUUUCCUGAGGAUGAUGCCUAUCCAUACUUCAGUAUUGUUGUGAAAGGUUUUAUGUACUUCAAUCUAUGGCUUUAUCUACAGUUGGCUAAUAUUUCUUAUAUGUAUCCUGACAUGUUAUGAUACAAUGAUCUUCAGCUAUCA